AUGGGCGACAGCGACCCGUCACUUACCGUGAUCGGGGAGCAGGUACCAGCGAUCGUCGGGGAGCAGGUCCCAGUAGAAAAUGGCGACCGGGCGUCUGAUGAUGGCGGACGAGCGCCGGAGGCUGUUGGCGAUCGGGCGCCUAAUGCCGAUGGCGGACGAGCGCCGGAGGACGUCGGCGACCUGGCGCCUGAUGAUGGCGGACGAGCGCCGGAGGCUGAUGGCGAUCGGGCGCCUAAUGCCGAUGGCGGCCGGGCGCCGGAGGACGUCGGCGACCUGGCGCCUGAUGAUGGCGGACGAGCGCCGGAGGCUGAUGGCGAUCGGGCGCCUAAUGCCGAUGGCGGCCGGGCGCCGGAGGACGUCGGCGACCUGGCGCCUGAUGAUGGCGGACGAGCGCCGGAGGCUGAUGGCGAUCGGGCGCCUAAUGCCGAUGGCGGCCGGGCGCCGGAGGACGUCGGCGACCUGGCGCCUGAUGAUGGCGGACGAGCGCCGGAGGCUGAUGGCGAUCGGGCGCCUAAUGCCGAUGGCGGCCGGGCGCCGGAGGACGUCGGCGACCUGGCGCCUGAUGAUGGCGGACGAGCGCCGGAGGCUGAUGGCGAUCGGGCGCCUAAUGCCGAUGGCGGCCGGGCGCCGGAGGACGUCGGCGACCUGGCGCCUGAUGAUGGCGGACGAGCGCCGGAGGCUGAUGGCGAUCGGGCGCCUAAUGCCGAUGGCGGCCGGGCGCCGGAGGACGUCGGCGACCUGGCGCCUGAUGAUGGCGGACGAGCGCCGGAGGCUGAUGGCGAUCGGGCGCCUAAUGCCGAUGGCGGCCGGGCGCCGGAGGACGUCGGCGACCUGGCGCCUGAUGAUGGCGGACGAGCGCCGGAGGCUGAUGGCGAUCGGGCGCCUAAUGCCGAUGGCGGCCGGGCGCCGGAGGACGUCGGCGACCUGGCGCCUGAUGAUGGCGGACGAGCGCCGGAGGCUGAUGGCGAUCGGGCGCCUAAUGCCGAUGGCGGCCGGGCGCCGGAGGACGUCGGCGACCUGGCGCCUGAUGAUGGCGGACGAGCGCCGGAGGCUGAUGGCGAUCGGGCGCCUAAUGCCGAUGGCGGCCGGGCGCCGGAGGACGUCGGCGACCUGGCGCCUGAUGAUGGCGGACGAGCGCCGGAGGCUGAUGGCGAUCGGGCGCCUAAUGCCGAUGGCGGCCGGGCGCCGGAGGACGUCGGCGACCUGGCGCCUGAUGAUGGCGGACGAGCGCCGGAGGCUGAUGGCGAUCGGGCGCCUAAUGCCGAUGGCGGCCGGGCGCCGGAGGACGUCGGCGACCUGGCGCCUGAUGAUGGCGGACGAGCGCCGGAGGCUGAUGGCGAUCGGGCGCCUAAUGCCGAUGGCGGCCGGGCGCCGGAGGACGUCGGCGACCUGGCGCCUGAUGAUGGCGGACGAGCGCCGGAGGCUGAUGGCGAUCGGGCGCCUAAUGCCGAUGGCGGCCGGGCGCCGGAGGACGUCGGCGACCUGGCGCCUGAUGAUGGCGGACGAGCGCCGGAGGCUGAUGGCGAUCGGGCGCCUAAUGCCGAUGGCGGCCGGGCGCCGGAGGACGUCGGCGACCUGGCGCCUGAUGAUGGCGGACGAGCGCCGGAGGCUGAUGGCGAUCGGGCGCCUAAUGCCGAUGGCGGCCGGGCGCCGGAGGACGUCGGCGACCUGGCGCCUGAUGAUGGCGGACGAGCGCCGGAGGCUGAUGGCGAUCGGGCGCCUAAUGCCGAUGGCGGCCGGGCGCCGGAGGACGUCGGCGACCUGGCGCCUGAUGAUGGCGGACGAGCGCCGGAGGCUGAUGGCGAUCGGGCGCCUAAUGCCGAUGGCGGCCGGGCGCCGGAGGACGUCGGCGACCUGGCGCCUGAUGAUGGCGGACGAGCGCCGGAGGCUGAUGGCGAUCGGGCGCCUAAUGCCGAUGGCGGCCGGGCGCCGGAGGACGUCGGCGACCUGGCGCCUGAUGAUGGCGGACGAGCGCCGGAGGCUGAUGGCGAUCGGGCGCCUAAUGCCGAUGGCGGCCGGGCGCCGGAGGACGUCGGCGACCUGGCGCCUGAUGAUGGCGGACGAGCGCCGGAGGCUGAUGGCGAUCGGGCGCCUAAUGCCGAUGGCGGCCGGGCGCCGGAGGACGUCGGCGACCUGGCGCCUGAUGAUGGCGGACGAGCGCCGGAGGCUGAUGGCGAUCGGGCGCCUAAUGCCGAUGGCGGCCGGGCGCCGGAGGACGUCGGCGACCUGGCGCCUGAUGAUGGCGGACGAGCGCCGGAGGCUGAUGGCGAUCGGGCGCCUAAUGCCGAUGGCGGCCGGGCGCCGGAGGACGUCGGCGACCUGGCGCCUGAUGAUGGCGGACGAGCGCCGGAGGCUGAUGGCGAUCGGGCGCCUAAUGCCGAUGGCGGCCGGGCGCCGGAGGACGUCGGCGACCUGGCGCCUGAUGAUGGCGGACGAGCGCCGGAGGCUGAUGGCGAUCGGGCGCCUAAUGCCGAUGGCGGCCGGGCGCCGGAGGACGUCGGCGACCUGGCGCCUGAUGAUGGCGGACGAGCGCCGGAGGCUGAUGGCGAUCGGGCGCCUAAUGCCGAUGGCGGCCGGGCGCCGGAGGACGUCGGCGACCUGGCGCCUGAUGAUGGCGGACGAGCGCCGGAGGCUGAUGGCGAUCGGGCGCCUAAUGCCGAUGGCGGCCGGGCGCCGGAGGACGUCGGCGACCUGGCGCCUGAUGAUGGCGGACGAGCGCCGGAGGCUGAUGGCGAUCGGGCGCCUAAUGCCGAUGGCGGCCGGGCGCCGGAGGACGUCGGCGACCUGGCGCCUGAUGAUGGCGGACGAGCGCCGGAGGCUGAUGGCGAUCGGGCGCCUAAUGCCGAUGGCGGCCGGGCGCCGGAGGACGUCGGCGACCUGGCGCCUGAUGAUGGCGGACGAGCGCCGGAGGCUGAUGGCGAUCGGGCGCCUAAUGCCGAUGGCGGCCGGGCGCCGGAGGACGUCGGCGACCUGGCGCCUGAUGAUGGCGGACGAGCGCCGGAGGCUGAUGGCGAUCGGGCGCCUAAUGCCGAUGGCGGCCGGGCGCCGGAGGACGUCGGCGACCUGGCGCCUGAUGAUGGCGGACGAGCGCCGGAGGCUGUUGGCGAUCGGGUGCCUAAUGCCGAUGGCGGCAGGGCGCCGGAGGCGGUUGGCGAUUGGGCGCCUAAUGCCGAUGGCGGCCGGGCGCCGGAAGACGUUGGCGGCCUUGCGCCUGAUGAUGGCGGACGAGCGCCGGAGGCUGAUGGCGAUCGGGCGCCUGAUGAUGGCGGACGAGCGCCGGAGAGCCGCCAUCGGCAUUAG